AUACAAGGUGCUGGCUUGAACAGAAGCUCACACACACACUGGGAGCUCGGCACCUAUCGGCUUGGAGCAUAAAUUGUUCGUCCAUAAAAGCCAGCGAGCCAUGCAGCUACCGCAUUGACUGGGAAGCUUUCCACGUCGGAGCCAAGGAACCUUCGGGCUAGCUAGGAGCGAGGGUUUAAGCUAGCAGUCUGAAUUUUGUGUACUUCAUUCCUAGCUAGCAUUCCUACCUCCCAGUGUGGCUGCUAUUUGCCCAAAAGGGGGUGUGGCGUUUGUCUCCACCAGGAAGAGAAACAAAGUGUUAAAUCUUAUUUUCUCAAUGUAGCCGGCUGGAGAGAGAGAGAGAGAGAGAUAGAGAGAGAUAGAUAGAGAGAGAGAGCGUCGUCCCGUGAGUAUUCAUCCCGCCUCCACGGCAGCGAAACAACGUAGGAAGGUGUCGGUGCUGGGGGUGGAAAAAAAGGGGGCUGUAGUUUGUCCCCAAACAGUCUGAAGAUGACGAUGUCCGUCCCGGAGAGGAAAUCGGGAUCGGAGGGGAAAGAGGAGGAGAGCGAGGAUGAGAGUGAGAUCUUGGAGGAGAGCCCCUGUGGACGCUGGCAGAAGCGCAAAGAACAGGUGAGCCAAGGUAAUGUCCCAGGUGUGGAGAGCGCCUCCCUGGCCAUGGACACCGAGGAGGGUGUGGAAGUGGUGUGGAACGAGGUGCUUUUCUCAGAUAAGAAGGUCUUCAAAGCACAGGAGGAGAAGAUCAAGGAGAUGUUUGAGAACCUGAUGCAGGUGGAACACCCCAACAUCGUCAAGUUCCACAAGUACUGGCUGGACAUGAAGGAGAGUCAGGCUCGGGUCAUCUUCAUCACUGAAUACAUGUCGUCGGGCAGCCUCAAGCAGUUUCUGAAGAAAACCAAGAAGAACCACAAGACCAUGAAUGUGAAGGCCUGGAAAAGAUGGUGCACACAGAUUCUCUCUGCCCUCAGUUAUCUGCACUCUUGCGAUCCACCAAUAAUCCACGGCAACCUGACUUGUGACACCAUCUUCAUCCAGCACAACGGACUCAUCAAAAUCGGCUCAGUGUGGCAUCGACUGUUUGUUAAUGUAUUCCCGGACGCCAACGUUCAGGGAAAGGGGAGGCAGCAUCGUGACGAGCAGCGGAAUCUUCAUUUUUUUGCACCAGAAUACGGAACCGGUGAAGAUGACUAUGCCAUCGACAUAUUUUCCUUCGGUAUUUGUGCUCUGGAGAUGGCAGUGUUGGAGAUCCAAGCCAAUGGGGAUGCUGCAGUGUCCAAGGAAGCCAUCGUGAAUGCGGGUCAAUCCCUGGAAGAUCCUCUCAUGAGAGAGUUCACCCAAUCAUGUCUGCGUCAUGACGCCAAGCUCCGUCCUACCGCCCACGACCUUCUAUUCCACCGGGUCCUGUUUGAGGUCCACUCCCUCAAAUUGCUGGCCGCCCACUGCCUCAUUAACAACCAGUACUUGCUUCCCGAAAACUGCGUGGAGGAGAGAACCAAGUCCUUUGACCCCAACGCUGUCAUGGCGGAGAUCAAGCAUGAAGACAGGCUGGGAGUUCAGCUAAAGUAUUCCCAUGUGUCCCCUUUGGAAUUGGAUAAGUUUCUGGAGGAUGUGAAGAAUGGGAUUUACCCCUUGAUGAACUUUGCUUCAUCUCGGCCACACCCCGUCCCCCGCGCCCUCUCCUUGUCUCAGGAGCAGGUGGAGACGGUCAAGACGCCCACUCCUGAACCCCAGGAGAUGGAAACCAGGAAGGUGGUUCAGAUGCAUUGUAACCUGGAGUCCAAUGACGAAGGGACCAAAACUCAUGUGAGUCAGCUGUCUUUAUUCCUCAAGAUGGACGAUAAACUUCACCGGCAGCUUAGCUGUGACAUCCUUCCAACCGACACUUCCAAAGACCUUGCAAAUGAGCUCGUCCACUACGCCUUCAUAAAUGAGGAGGACAUCGAGAAGGUGGCGGGGUUCCUGGAAGACGCUAUCAAUCGACACAGAGUACGAGCACUGGCCACCGGGAGCACAAUGUGAUAGAGGGGUAACGGCAGCUGGUGAACCCAGACAAAUGGACGGAGAAGGGUAAUUGGGGGGUGGUCGAAGGGCCACAGCCCGAAAUGGAAGAAUGCUGGAUCUCGGGGUGUGGUGUGUGUGAAAAUCACAGACGACUAAAGGAAGCAAAGGGAACAGAAGGCACCGCUUGUCGCAGGACCAGAUGCAUCAUCAAAACAGCGAAAGAUCGACAAAAAAGCCGCUUCCCCGAAAAAGGGCUCAUCUGCCUUAACAUGUUGGCAACUUUUCCAUAAUGCCUCUUUUUCCGGUGUGGUUUUAUUUGACUUGCAAACGCAGCAGCCGUCUUUUCAAACGAAUGUUUAAGCACGCAUCGUUUUGCACUCUAGCCCAGUUUAUUUUCUAAUCUCCAUUUUUAUUAGUUUUGUCGAUUCUCCAUGCACCCUACAGUUAUUCAGUGGACUUAUUUAUUUCGCUUUUACUGUGAAGCAUUGCACAAGACGUCUUUAUUUGUUGUUGUUUUUUUUGGUUUAUUUGCGCUAUAAUAUCUUUUUAACGUGCAAAGUAACAUACCUCACUGCACUCCUUGGCUCAAAGGUUACUUCUCCCAAACGAGCAACGAGCGACGAUGCCUGUCUUUUAGCCUGUAGUGCUCUUAAAGAGGGUUUCCCCUCUGUCAAAUUAUUGUUCUGAAUGCCAAAGACUUGCAAAAGUGCCUGAUACGGCAGUGUUCUUUGGACUAAAACAAAUUCAUACGAAAAACGGCAUCCAAGCUAAUUGAUUAAUUUGGACUGUACCGUGGAAGCCAGAUCUCGAUUGUGUGCGAUUGUGCAAAGUCAAAUGAGCGUCUGAAUGUGCAAAUGAACUUUAGCUUUGACUCCCAGCUCACUAAGAGUUGCAGAUUUUGUAUAUUGGGUGUAAAUAUCAGUGCAUCAUCUCCUGUAGCUUUUAUUUGACAGUUUUAGUUCACCAUAACAAGACAAAAAAUCAUGUUUUUCCCUGAAUCUGUUCCAUUAUUGUCUUAACUCCGUGUAGGGGUGUCAUGAAGUACAAAUCUGCCCAAAUAUUAUUUGAAUAUGUAGCAUUAGUACUGCCAGUAUGCAGAACAUGUAGUGUAGGCUGUAGAAAAAAUACAAAAACAUAAUAUCUGAGUAUAAAUGAGAAAUAUUUUUAAUUCUACAAUCACACCCACACUUAUCAGAUCGAUCCAUACCGCAAAGGAUUAAAUUAGACAUUAAAUGUUUGUGGCUUGUCUAUAGUCUUUUUAUUCUACGGAUUCAUAAUUUUAUUCCAAACUGCUGUACAAUGGUUGCUUCAAGUUUUACUUUGCUUAUCGGUGUUUCCCUGCAGACAAAGAGUCCAAUAUCUUCCCAGAUAUUCACCUUCUAUAUAGGCUGUGCAGUACAUAUUUGUGGCUUUAAUAGGGGGUUUACUAUGGAUCCAGUUCCAAUGUGAAACAGUGCCACUUCUCGCUCUUUUUAUGAUCUUGUCAGCUGCAUGUCUUAAAAGCCUGCGACCAUUCAAAAGUUUGCCUUUGACGGUAACAAUUCGGUUGCAUAGCGGAAGGGGUCUGAUGAAGAAAAUGAAUGUUUAAAUUUCGCAAACAUUGUAGGAAAUAAAUAUUAUUAUUGGUCUUAUUUUGUCAAAUUGACUUUUAACCGUGAUUCUGUUGAAUGAAACUUGCCUUUGGAUGUGUUCUACUUCAGCAUUUGUAAAAUAAACAAAAGAAAUUGUAGCAAUGGCAUUGAAAUAAAUAAAAGUAUGUGACAAACUGA